AGCAUGAUCGCAUGAGACAGAUGUUGUAGACAAGAAAAGAGCAGGGGAAGUCUGACCAAAGUGUUCGGCCUCUUCCUGCCUGACGAGCAGCUCAGGAAGUUGAGGCAGACACAGAAGGGGAGGGCUGACACAGAGAAACAUAUUUUCCCUUUGCCUUUUAGUUUUUCCUUAUUCAGUCCUGCUCCGAUCAACAGGAGGAAGAAAAAGGGGGGGCAGAGAGGAGGCGGAGUUUUCAAUGGAGCUGAGAGAGACCCGGAGUGAUCAGUCGGACCCUCAAUCUGUGCAAAUAUGAUGGAAGCCAGCGUUAUUUCCAAGGACACCGGUCACACAAGCCCUCUGACAGGAGCACUUGACACUACAUCCAUCCCCUCUAUUGCCUCCAUCCCUCCAUCUUCUCCCAUCUCUCCACCUUCCCUGCCCUCCUCCCACCCUCCGGCCCGGCCAUGUCGACCAAAACCGCCACCUCCUACGGCGAAGCCCUCCCAGCUCCCCUCUUGUCCUCCUCUACCUCCGUCCACUCCUCCAUCCCUCCCUCCUCCUCUCCCUCCUGUCUCCAAAGCUCCCCUCCCUCAGUCUUCCAAUCCUCCCUCUGUUCCUCCCCCUCUCUCCUUCAACCCUCCUCCCCCAUCCCUUCCUCCUCCUCUCUCCCCUACUCCGGCCUCUCCUUCUCCCCUGCUUGCUCUCCAGCCAACUGUCCCCUCUGAUCCUACCCCUUCUUUUAGUCCUCUUCCUCCUCCAUUAUCUCCAACAAUCUCACACUCCUCCUCCUCAUCACUUCCUCCACCACCUUCCCCUGUCGUCCCACCAACCUCUUCAACUCCUCCAUUGCUGAAUCCUAUAGAUCAGCUGGUUGGGAGCGCCUCGGUAUGGCAGCCCAAAGGACUCAGCCAAGACCAGACCACAAGUAUAAUGGAGAACGAGACGGCUGGGGUGUUCCUGGUUCACAGCAAAGAGGACAUGGGCAUGACACUGUCAGUACGCCUGCCUGACGAACAGGGGGUGCCACUCGUACAGAACCUGAUGGUCAAACAACACAAAACAUUUGUCCACUUAGAUGGUUCCUAUCUGGUUUUUGAUGACAUCUUCAAACUGAUCUCUUUCUACUGUGUCAGCAGGGACAUCCUGGCCAUCCCACUGAGGUUACCUCAGGCCAUUACCACGGCAACUAAGAGAGAGGAACUGGAGGUCAUCUCUGCUAUGGGUACAGAUUUCUGGAAGUCCGAUCUGAAUCAGCAGGCAGAGAAGGACCUGAUUGUGGAUCAGAACCCCAGCAGACUCUACUUGUAUGUAAACCCUGUCACUUUGGAGGAGAGCCCCAACAAAGACCAGAACCACUCCUCUGUCUCCAAACAUGAUAUCAUUACCAAUCAGAACAUCACCUCCUCCCUGCAGAAUGGAGAGGCCACACAGAAGGUCAGCCCAGAGGUCAAAGGUCAGACUAAAACCACGCCCAAACCUGAAAUUAAAUACAAGCGCCCCCCACCCAGACCCCCCAGCCUGGGCUCAGGGUCUGGGAUGGGCCUUCUCUUCUCCUCUACCCCCUCACCUCACACCUCAUCUUCUGUAACUUCAGCCGCUGAGAGAAAAGAGGAAGGAAGGGGAGGAGUAGGGGAGAGAGAAGAGAGGAAGUCAAUGUCAACAUCACCUCCUCCGUCGAGGCCUCCUGUACCCCUGCAGAGCCGAGCCGCUCCCCCUCUGCCUCCUGCUCCUCUCCGUCGCACCUCCUCCCGGAAAAGCACUGACCGAGAUGUAGGAGAGGGGAGGGAGAGAGAGAAGGGACAAAAUCCUGCAAAGAAAACUGAGAGAGAAGGGGGAGGAGAGAGAGGAGAGGAGAAAACAGGAAGUAAAUCAGGUCUGCUGGGUGAGGAGGCUGAACAAUUGAACAGUAGCCAACAUCAAGAGGAGGAAGUAAAAAAGGAGACAGAAAAGAAAGAGAAAGAGGAUGGAAAGCAGGAAAAAGACAUGAAAAUGGAUAAAGAGGAUGAAAAACAAAAAUCCAGCUCCCAGUGUCCACAGUUGGUGACGAAACCGUCCCGUCCAGUCCCUCCACCGAGGAGGAAACCAUGUUCCCCGGACGCACCUGUGUGCUCCAACCAGGCCGGAGGAGGAUUAGCCAAUCAGAGUGCUGGGACAAGAGUGCCCCCUCCCUCCCCGGCGCGGCGGCCGGAUGUGUCACUGUACUCGCCACAGGGGGGCGCUGUGCUAGGACCCGACCCCGACUCUUGCUCUACCAGCAGCACAGAAGAAGAAGGAGAGCUGAACCAGGAACAGGAGCAAAACCACAAUCGCCCUGCAGAGAGCCGCAGCCCCAAGGCAGCAGUAAGGAGAACCCCCACCACUGUUAUGUUGGGCCGAGCCCGCUAUCGCCUGUCCACCGUCCUCACCGGCCUCAUCAGCCAUGACCGCCGCCUCACACAGCGCAUCGUAGAGCUGGCCAGGGACCCUCUGAGCUACUUUGGUAACCUGGUGAAAGAGCACCGUGCAUUCACCUUGGAGACCAUGUCAAACCACUCCUCCUCCACUGAGCUGUUACAGGAGAUCAGACAGAUGGUGACUCAGCUGAAGAGUUACCUACUGCAGAGCACAGAGCUGCAAGGCAUGCUGGAGCCACAGCAUCAGUAUGCACAAGACAAACUGGAGAGCAUAGUAGAAACUGCUCUGUGUAAGAGUGUACUGAAGCCACUGAGGGAGCCAAUUUACCAGAGUUUGGAGAAACUGCGCAUAGACGACGGCAGCCUGAAACAACUGGCACAGAACCAGGCUGCUGUCCUAGGCAGCACCACCACAGCAUUAGGAAUAACCACUGCCGUCCCUGAGGCCCCAGCUAUGGAGAGGAUCAGCAUCAAACUCAACAACCUCCAUCUGGAGUAUUCUCCCCAGAGAAAGAUUGAGCUGCUGCUGAAAGCCUGCAAGAUCAUCUACGACUCCAUGUCUGUCAGCAGUCCAGGGCGGGCCCAUGGUGCUGAUGACUUCCUGCCUGUAAUGAUGUACGUCCUGGCUAGAUCCAAUCUGUCCAACCUGCAGCUGGAUGUGGAAUACAUGAUGGAGCUGAUGGACCCAUCAUUAGCACUAGGAGAAGGUUCCUAUUAUCUGACUACCACCUACGGGGCUCUGGAGCACAUUAAGACUUUCGACCAGCAGAGGUCAGCCACACGGCAGCUCAGCAGAGAGGUUCAGGACUCCAUCCACCGCUGGGAGAGACGACGCACGCUCAACCAGGAACGCAUGUCCCAAGGAUCUGUUCGGGACUUUCUGACAGUGUGCUGCCCUGAGAUUGGAACCAACCCAAAAACUCUGGGCGUACUCCCGACAACGACAAUCCAACAGCUGGCUGAACAGUGUGCUGCACGCUUUGAACAAGACUCCUACAUGCUCAGUGUGUAUAUGGAUGGUGCUCAUCGGCCCCUGGCCCCUACAGAGUUGGCUGUCAGUGUUAAGAACAGCUGUCAACCUGGAGCCUACUGCUUCAUCUAUCACCCCAUCGACCAACUCAACAACCAGCCCAGCCGCAGCUGCCCCACUGACCCACCCCCAGCUCCACCGGCAGAAAGCUUUUUCCCAGCUGACAUAGCGGUUGUCGAUACUGUGGAGCCAGAGCCGGAAGAGGAGAGUCUGAUUAGCUUGUAACUGCUCCAGCAUCACAGUGGCAGUUACUGUAUCACAAUGGUAACAGCAUCACUGUGGUGACUGCAUCAAAAAAAGAACAGGGGAACGGAAUUUGAAGUGAAGUGUUUAAAUCUCAGGUCUCUCUUGAAAUAUUGAUCGAAUUUAAACUUAACUGAUGUGGAUUUGUGCAUGCAGGAUAUCACAAAAUAUUGUAUGUGAUGAAACCUGUGUAUGACUUCCUUGUUUUAAAUUACUUUUAUAUGAGUUUAAGUCACUGAGUGGUCCGAUGCCACCAAAGGGAGCAGUGACCAACUAAAAUGACACAACAAAGAGAUAAAAGACUGAUUUUGUAUUGCACCAUGGGGUCUGGAACCCCAGGGACUGCUGGGCGAUAUGGUUUUAUAGAAUGUAAAACUACAUGUAAUUCUAACAUGCACAUAUAUGAUCAUGUUUAUACUGUUUAUACCCUAUGAUACUUAAUUUUACUCUCUCUCUGGUGCUCAAGACUUCUCCCUCAGACAGAUGUAGAAAGUUCCUUUUGUGGCAUUUUCUAUUCAAAGCACAGGUAUAGUAGCAGCUAUAUGGAGAUCUUUCAUUUACAUUCAAAAUCUCUAGUAAGCAUCAAAAGGGUUCAUUCCACAUUUGUCUUCUAUAUACUGAUUGUACUGUAAAUAAACUGGCUUUUACAAUUGUCAA